AUGAUCGAACACCUCCAUCUCAGACAAGGCCAAGGCGGCUGCUUCAAAGCCCCCUUCCUCAACUUCACUCCCCCACUCACCCGAAUCGGCACGCAUAGCUGUCGGACUUGCGUUUGCGUGUACAUUCCACUCUCAGACAAGAAAUGCUUCAUCGCGCACAUCGACGCUCACGUCACGUUUGAGCAGAACGAAAAGGGUGAAGCGCGUGAAUCGGACUGGCUUCCUUCGAAAGAGGUUCAGGGACCUGCACUUAAGGAAUUCACGAAGAAGAUUCUGGAGGAGCGGGUCCCUGAGCUUGCGAAUGGGGAUUAUGGCGCCAAAGCUGGUAAAGUGGGAGCUGUUGUUAUUUGUCCUUAUCGUCAGACUCACCAGGGGGGAGUUGCUAAGUACACUACGGGGCACUACAUUGUUGAAGCUGUCAAUGAGUUUUUCAAUCUUACUCACAGUGGAGGGGGAGAUGUUACGGCUGCAGCAGCACAUGGUUUCGUGGUUGACGUUUAUGAGAAUAAGCUGACUUUGUUGGAGUAUCGUGGAGCCGACGCGGCGGAUCUCCUUAGUUUCAACCUGUGGAACAGUAUUCCGGAGGAAGAAAUGACUGAAUUCUACAAGAAGGCUAUUCGUGAUUUGGCACCCAAGGUCAAGGAGAAGGAAGCGGGGGAGGACUAUGGUUUCAAAGAUGUGCUGAUGAAAGGGGAGAAGGAUUGGACGUUCAGAUUGGGCGAUGAUGGGCAGUGGGGGGUGUAUUCGGGGAGAGGAUAUGAAUGA